GAGGAUGCGGACCUGGUGCUGGACUGCAGUGAACGUGCAAUACGCUGGCUGCAAGCACACACCAGCAUGCGGGAUCUGUUUAUUUACUAUGUGUGCCAGUCCUACCUAACUUACCUCUCCUGUAGCAUCCUCCUUCUUAAGGCCAAACUGGGUCAACCCUCCUGCCACAUCUACAACCGGCCACGUCUUAACCGCUUUAUCGAUGUCUACCGUUCCGCUCUGCCGGUUCUGAUGCCCUGCAUGCUCUUCUACAGCCAGCACCUACCCGGUGUUGAUGAAAAACUCUCCCACUUCAUGGCUUUUGCUCAUGUCCUGGCCGUGGAUGCUUAG